AUGAAAACAAGGGGUUCUCAAUAUAAUUCUGAUUUAAAAAAUAAAACCACUUCGAAAAAAUCUUUAAACGCAAAAAAUGCCAGGCGUCAUCGUGAAAACACUCGAAAGCGAAGUAAAACAAAGCGUGUAAACCGUACAAAACGAAGAAGGACGUCCGAAGUUUACAAGUCAAGUCAUUUGGUAGGUCGCAGAAAAGCGUCGAACUUUGUUACAUACACUCAAAAUGGGCGUCUUUUCUAUGACAUUUAUGUCAGGGAAUCCCCGUACCAUAGUAGUAAAGUCAUCUCGACGAACCAAAGUGAAAAUUCCGCUGCUGGUAAUUCUGAUGCAAGACUGCCAAAUGGUACUAAGCGACGCAAAAAAAGUGUUGGUGUAGAGAGUCUUGAAGAUGGAAAAGAUUCAUCCUCAAAAGCAUCAGUGAGAACAAACUCAACAGUUUUGAAACGGACAGUCCAGUCAACCUCCACUAAAAUCCAGUCUGCUAAACUAUUAAAGAAACCUCGUGGACGUAGAAAGAAGAAUCCCGACAUCGACAGUACACUCAAGAGAGAGUUGGGUCCAAACUAUGCAUCCCCUGACCAGGAUCAUGGCAAGAGACUUGCAAGUCUCAAUGCGACUGCCAUUAUGGGUGCUUUUAAUUCUAAAUCCUCUCGCAAAAGAUGUCGGAAAAGUAACGAAGAAACAAACUUCCAUUCACAGCCAGAUUCUGCGCUCAGUUGUCUUCAUGCAGAUGAAGUGGAUGAUGCAACCACGGAGCCUAUGUGCUCAGCCGAUGAUGACGAUGAUCUGGCUCACUGCUUGGAAAUGCCUAGUUCAGUAAGUAUCGAGCCAAACAAUGUGAUCCCGGCACAAAACCCUAUUCUUAAUAAAGAAACUGCACCGUCGUCCUUCAAAAGUAUCUGUCAAAUGAAUCCAGCAAUCGAAAGCUUUCAUUCACAAAGAAUUAUACCAUUAGGACAUGACACGUACGGUGUUCAGCAAAUUACCCAUCAAGUCGUAGUAGUACCACCCACAAACGAAGUAUCUCAAACUGUAUGUCAACCCAAAGUACAAGAUUUCAAUACUCCAAUAGCGCGUGUACCAGCAGGUAGUGUUGUUUCUUUUCCCACAUUACCAUACUCGAAACCAAAUGACUGCAGUUUUAAUGAGACAAUUUUGCACCAGCGAACGGGUCAAGUUUUGUACAGUCCAAUGUGUCCUUCCUUGUUGCAACAGAAUGUGAAUUCUUGGGGUUCUGCACCGCCUUGCAUUACAACACCAAACAUGACGCCGUCAUUUUUCACUUGUUCGCCUCCUAACAUUCUUCUUCCACAUAUUACUUCGCCGUUUGUUGUUUCUAAUCCUAGUGUUGCACCUCAGAUUGCGUAUCCACUCAUUCUGCAGCCUGUUCCUAGCAUGCCAACAUCCUACAUGAGUUCCGGGUUUCCCUAUGGAUUUGUAUCUCCUGUCUUCUUACCAACAUCGUGGACUCAACCUAGUAUGUUACCUUGCCAACCGCCUAGUACCCCGGCUAACAACAAUAGUGACGCUUCAUAUCCAAUGAUGAUUGCACCCGCACAAAUGAUCCCGAUCAACCAAACACAAAAUUUCCAAGUCUCACUUAAUCCAUGUACGAAUUGGAUAUCAAAUGGAGGGUUCGACGUGGCGUUAAAUAGACCCAUGAUUGUACAGAAUGCAUGUCGUGGUUCGGAACAGGCAGCUUCAGAACACGAUGGCAAGUCAUUUACAGAUGAUUCAUCAGUAUGUAAUUCUUUUAACGUGGUGAACAAUUGUCCUGUUGUCUCUUGUGAAGCACCAGUUAUUAACCGUCAGGAAGAGGAUAUCACCUUGGUUCCAGCUUCCAAUCCAUCUAUAUUACCAAUACAAGUUGAGAACGUACCAUUAAACAAAGUUAGUUCUGCAGAAACACGAGAUCUGGAUCUAUGCUGCACAAAAGAACCGGAUCAGAAUACUGCCUGCUUGGAUAAUCAAAAAGAUGCUUGGAUAUGGGAAGGGGAUCCGUUUGUCAAACCUGUUUUUCACCAAUCUGAUUCACCUCCGAUACCUCAUGAAUGUUACCCUGCAAUCCGGCAUCGAAGAGAUGGAAUGGUGAUUCGUGUGAAAGAUAAUGUACUCCUUUGCAGCGGUCCUAGUCGAAGUCAUCCUCCGCAUGUUGCAAAAAUUGUUGCUCUGUAUUAUGAUAAAGAUACAGAUACGAAAAUGAUGUCUCUGCUUUGGUACUAUCGUCCGGAACAUAUAAAUGGUGCAGCACAACAUUUCGUGAAAAACGAACUUUAUGCAAGCAGACAUCGUGAUACUAAUCCACUGGAUUGUAUAGAAGAUAAAGCCUUCGUCCUUUCUGUUAAUGCAUAUUCUCGUUAUAUGGCAAAAGUUAAACGUCAACAGACUGGUUAUCGGAAGAAGCCACUUAACUCUAUCGUACCUCAACCUGUCAGCUGUAGUCUACAUACUAGUGACAGUGUGAAUGUUGAUAACCUGUGCAUGGAUAAGUAUCCACUUGCUGAGUGUGACGAAUGUUUUAAUACGACAAGUAGUCAGAGUGUUUUCUUCUGCCGUGGUGUAUAUGAUUAUAAAUUGAAGCGUAUCACUCGAUAUCCUAUAUUCAGUAGUCAGUGCCUUUUAUCUUCACAUUUGAAUACUAGACUAAAGUGUAAUGGACAGUUUCCUACAACACCACAAAAAGAUUCCACAGAACCAAAUAUUCAGAUAUCGUCAAAUGAAGAUCAUUGUUCUGAAAUAAUGAAUACACCAAAAAAGAUGGCUACUAGUUCCAGAAUUGAUAACGCUAUUGAACCAGUAACUCCAGUGCGUGAAAAUGUACCUUUUGGUGCAUUCUCCACGCCUGCACCUUCCACCGCUGAGAAUGCAAACAACUUUACAAUAUCUCAAUCUGAAUUCGCUGAACUUGACUGUCAAGCUAUUAAUAAUUCCCAUCUAGGUGAACAAUGUCAAGACAUAUCUUAUGAUAAUGGUAAAGGCAGAACUUCAACUCCUGUAAAAGAAACUAAUAAUAGUUACUGUCAAUCUUCUAUCACAAGGAAUAUGGAACCCGUUAAAGAAUUGCCGCAAACACUAGUCACUAAGAUGAAUUCUAAUGAGCCUGCAGAAAAACCUCUUGUAAUUAAUAUCUUGGAUACAAUUCCUCAAACAAAUUCGUCGACCCCAGCGAUUUGUGUAACCUCCUCGUCAAGUGUGCAACCUGUUCUAACCUCACCUCCAAGUGUAUACAAUAAACCGUUUGAAGUGACAAAAGAUUCCAAUGUACAACUGCUAUCUGGAACAGUUCCGUAUGGAAAUAAACCAGUCAAUCAGUUAGUUUAUCAACCGAAUCCCUCAUCUAUUCAGCCUAUAUGGCCAACAAUUGUCCCUACUAAUCCACUGAUAAACUAUGAUAGAUCUGUCCUUGAAACUAGUGCUGAUUUAUCUGUUAACUGGGCUGAACACGGUGAGCAGAUUGCCUUAUCCCUAGACUGUCGAGUGAAAGACACAAAUCUUAACAAUACGCCGGCUACUAUUCAUAAUAAUGGUAAUUGUAAUGGUCAAACCACAUCGCAUACUGUUAUUCCUUCCGAGAUGUUAACGUCUACACAGUCUUUUGUUGAUAUGAGCAAGUUACCUGUACAUGCUAAUUCCUCUGUGCAUUAUUCAACCCUGAACUCUAAAUGUCUUGAUCAGGAUCAACCACGUUUGGUAAUCCUAUGA